UUCAGCUACUCUACAAAAUUCUAGAUCUAGUCCUUUGAUUCCCCACAACAAGACUAGGCCUAUUUAAGAUGCCUUCGAGAAUUCAGGUAAAGCUUGUUACAAAGCAUAAGAAAUAUUUGGAAGAACAGAUACAAGUUUUGGAACCUGUUAUAGGAAAUAUGAAAAAUGUUGUUGCAAAAAGUAGGGCGUGGCUAGAAGAAAAAACUGACCAAUCAUCUGUCAGCUACAUCGAGCUAUCACAAGAACUGGACACAGCAGCCACGGCCUUAUUGGAUGUGACGUCACAUAUUUUAGACGAGGACAACAUGGAUGUCAACAAACCAACGCCAUCUUUACCACAGCCUGAUACACAGACAACAGCAACAUUUCUAACAGUGGAAUCAACAAGACAACUCAAGACACAAGUCACACAUACAGCGGUUGAAGAACAUCCUUGCCUAGAGCGUAGACUCGCCUAUAUUGAAACAACACUAUCUUCACUGCAUGACACACAACACAAGUCUACAGAUGACAUAUCAGAAAUAAAACAACGGAGAGACAACUUUGUAACAGAACAGAGUGACAAUUGGGUAAACAUUGAUCAACUGACUAAAAAACAAAAACAUAAUUUUAAAAACCUCAGAAAACAAAUGAAUGAACAAGAUAACAAAGUAAAUGAGCUGAACAAAGAAAUUGAAAGUUUAAAAGAAAAAGAAUCCAAGUCAAAUAAAUCACUAGAGAAACUGUCUCAAGAUAUGAAUGAAUAUGAAAACAAAGUGCGCAAAAUAAACAAAGAGAUGCAAGAUAUAAGAGACAGUAUGAAAGAAGAAAUUAAAAGCAAUUCUGAUUUGAUUGUUUCUUUACAAGAUGAAAAGAAUAAAAUCUUGGACAAAACAUCAACCCAAUUUGAAAAGUUACAAUCAAAGCACAAUGUAAUGUAUAAACUCCUACAACAAAGAUUGAUGCCCAUUGACAAACUGAUUCAAAUCUUUAACCAGAACUUGGAAACUAGGGAAGAAAAAUUAAAUAAGCUGGGUGAACUUGAAAAUACUAUUUCAAAGUUGUCUAACGAUUUUCAUCUCAUAGAGUCACGUGUAUGUAACAGAUAUGCUUGUCAAGUGACGCUUGUUUAUUCCACACCUGUCAGUACUGGAUCAAUUAUUUCAACAUUUAGCGAAGUACGUGAAUAUAACGGUCAACAUUUCAAUCACACAACAGGAACAUUUGUAUCACCACAUGAUGGUUUAUAUCUUGUCUGUGUGACUCUGAAUGAAAGGGAAGAUAAACAGAUUGGAGUUGGUGUUCGGGCUGGAGGAGAGUGGUGUAAGUUUAUACAUGUGAAAUGUGCCGCCACUAGCGCUGCUGGGUCAGUGGUUGUUGACAUGAAGAAAGGUCAAGAACUUUACUUUAAAGUGUUUCUCGCAGAACAAGGCGCAAAGUUAUCCGGCUUCAGUAGUUUUACUAUCGUUAGUUUAUAGAAGUAUAACACAAAACAUGGUGGAUGGCAAAUUCUCAAAACAAUAAAACAUGUAACCAACAAGUUAAGCACACGCUAACAACUUACUGCAUGUCCAUAAACAUUUAAUGGUUUGUAUGUUGUUGUUUUAGUCAUCAUUAUACAGUUCCAACUUUUUCAAUGUGAUCACCAAUUAAUAUGUUGUACUUGACCACUAUAAACAUAUCUUUCUUCUUCUUCUUUGUUCUUAAUUUUUAGUGUUGGGAGAGAUCGAGCCUUAUCUGCCAGAGAGUUUUAACUCGAGACUUUUUUCGAAUUUAUCAACCAUGAGCUUUUCCGACUCGACCAUGCUUCCAUCACAAUUAAGGAU